ACGCGUUGUGUGACGUCCCCUUGUGUCUUACCUGCGUUCUGACUCACCUGUUUAAUUAAUACCUUCUGCAGGUACCUGUCGUGUGGGGGAAGAUAAAACUGAACGAAUCCUACUAAACAGUAGACUUCUAGAAAUACACAGGAGUGUCUAGUCGUGACUGUGUGUGGAGUAUAUUACAGAAUUAGAUGACAAUAAUAAUAUGGCGUUAUCUCUUAAAUAUCGGCCAUUUCCAGGAAUAAUAUGUUUUGGAAGUCUCUAUAACUAAAGACCGACAAACAUGGCAGUUCAAUCAGCAAAACACAUUCCAUUUGGAUAACAUACUAGUAUGUCAUUUGAAGUCGUGUCCAUGAUGUCAUAAACCUCGUUUACACAGACAAUCAUUCAUGACGUCAUAAAACACGCAAUCAUCCGUGACGUCAUAAACCUCAGUUACAUAAUCAUUCAUGAUGCCAUCAAUCUCAGUUAACAGUACAUUACUCCGUGACGUCAUAAACCUUAGUUAAACAAUCAUCCCUGACGUCAUAAACCUCAGCUACCUAGACCAAUCAUCCACCAUGACGAGCCCACCACCAAACAAUUCUACAGACUUGUAUGAAAUCAACGAAGGGAUCGCCCAGACUCUUAUCCCGGCCAUGGCUUACGUUGGCUUCAUGAUGCUGUUUGGAGUUCUGGGAAACGUUCUCGUCUGUUUCGUCUUCAUCAAGAAGAUGAAGAGAGGGACCCAGAACUUCCUGAUCACGAGUCUGGCGGUGUUUGACCUGCUCAGCUCCCUGUUGGCCAUGCCCGUCGAGAUAGCCGACAUGAGAUAUUAUUACACCUUUCACUCGGAGGUAGCCUGCAAGUUGCUACGCUUCAUCAACGCCCUCUGUUGUCUAUCCUCCAUUGUGACCCUGCUAGCCAUAGCGAUCGACAGGUACCUGAAAGUGUGUCGACCUCUGGAAACUCAGAUGAAACUCAGACAAGCCAAACUGUCGGUAGGUGUCGCUGUGUGCGCUGGACUGGCCUUCAGCUGGCCCGCGCUCGUCAUUUACGGAAUUCGAACAGUGCAAACGGAAGUGGUUGGAGUUCUGGGAAAGGACUGUUCUACGAGCGACAGUAUGAUAGACACUCUCUACCCUCUCGUGUACCACGCGGUGUUGGCCGUUGGAUUCAUAGCCUUCACUGUCGCACUGAUAGUUCUCUACGGACUCAUCUGUGUUUCGGCUAAGAAACAUAAACGUUAUAUGGCCAGAACUUCCGACAUCGGGAAAUCAAUUUCUGGAAAGAAACACACCUCGAUGUCGUCAUUAGAAUGCUCAACGAGCAACGCUAGACUCUCCGACAUCGACGACGUCCAGCCUCAACUUUCUAAAGAUUCAACCAAACGGGAGACAACUCUAAGGCGUCGCCGAAUGAAGGACAAGACGACUGUGAUAGGAUUCGUCGUCACUCUAGUUUUCGUGCUGAGCUUUUUGCCGUUUCUCUCGCUUGUCGGUGCGAGGUCGGUCUUCAAGAAUUUUGACUACGAUCUAAAGGGCGCGGCGAUGGUGGCGUUCAAUGUAUUCAUCCGCUCGUACUUUGUAAAUAGUGCAGCAAACCCUAUCAUAUAUGGAGUAUUGAACGUGCGGUUUCGUCAGGAGAGUAUCGUUCUCUUUAAGAGGAUGAUGUGUUGUGCUAAAUUCCAAUCUUCCAGUUUGCAACAGACCUCGUCACAGUGAAUAAUAAACCGAAUGUUGCGUACUACUCUUGCAGGUUCAUAAAAUAAGUUGUUACGAGCUCAUGAAUUAUGCCAUUAUACGUUCAUGAAUUAUGCUGAUACUGGUUUAUGAAUUGUGUUGUAAAUAAUGCUGUGUCAUCAGUUAUGCUGAUACAGAUCCAUGCAUUAUAUGUUGUUAAUAUUCAUGAACUAUGCUGAUGUAGGUUCAUGAAUUAUGAUAUUAUACAUUGUGUAUAUUCACGAAUUAUGCUGACCAAUACAGUCAUGAAUUGUGUUGUUUCAUAUUCAUAAAUUAUGUUGACAAAG